GUUGGGCAGAGGGGGGUUUUGAGGUUCUCUUGCAUCGUCUCUCCUCGUCGCUGCAAUAAACGAGAGCUCUUUCUCUGCGAGAGUGAGAGUGAGAGUGAGAGAGAGAGAGAGAGAGAGAGAGAGAGAGAGCAAAUGGAGGAGGAGCGAAAGGAGGAAGAGGAGGCCACUGGGUCGAGCUUGACGAUGGAGAAGGUGGCCGCAGCGAAGCAGUUCAUAGAGAACCACUACAGAGCUCAGAUGAAGAACAUUCGAGAGCGGAAAGAGAGACGAUGGGUGUUAGAGAGGAAAUUAGCUUCCUCAGAUGUGCCCAAGGAGGAACAGAUCAACCUGAUGAAAGAUUUAGAGAGAAAAGAGACAGAAUUUAUGCGACUUAAAAGGCACAGGAUAUGCGUUGAUGAUUUUGAGCUUUUGACGAUUAUUGGGAGGGGGGCCUUUGGUGAGGUCCGAUUGUGUCGGGAGAAGAAAUCCGGAAAUAUUUAUGCCAUGAAAAAGUUGAAGAAAUCUGAAAUGCUUAUCAGAGGACAGGUGGAACAUGUUAGAGCUGAGAGGAACUUGCUGGCAGAAGUUGCCAGCCAUUGCAUAGUGAAACUUUAUUACUCGUUUCAGGAUGCUGAGUACUUAUAUUUGAUUAUGGAGUAUCUGCCUGGUGGUGACAUAAUGACUCUGCUGAUGAGGGAGGACACCUUAACAGAAAAUGUGGCUAGAUUUUACAUUGCACAGAGUGUCCUGGCCAUAGAGUCUAUUCACAGACACAAUUACAUUCAUAGAGACAUCAAGCCUGACAACCUUCUUUUGGACAAAAAUGGUCACAUGAAGCUCUCAGAUUUUGGCCUUUGUAAGCCUCUCGAUUGCACUGCUUUAUCUGCACUGCAUGAAAAUAGUACCAGUGAUGAAAAUUUGACAGAGCCAAUGGAUAUCGAUGGAUGCUUUCCUGAUGCGGAUAAUGGGAGGACUUGGAGAAGUCCCCUUGAACAGCUUCAGCACUGGCAGAAGAACAGAAGGAAGUUGGCCUUUUCAACUGUUGGCACACCAGAUUAUAUAGCUCCUGAAGUAUUACUGAAGAAGGGAUAUGGAAUGGAAUGCGACUGGUGGUCACUGGGAGCAAUAAUGUAUGAAAUGCUUGUUGGCUACCCUCCUUUUUAUUCAGACGACCCCAUAACUGCAUGCAGAAAGAUUGUUCAUUGGAGAAAUCAUUUAAGAUUUCCAGAAGAAGCAAGGUUGACAUCUGAGGCCAAGGACCUCAUUUGCAGGUUGUUGUGUGAUGUUGAAAAUAGGCUUGGUACUGGAGGGGCCCACCAAAUUAAAGCUCAUCCUUGGUUCAAGGAUGUCGUGUGGGAUAAACUCUACGAAAUGGAAGCAGCAUUCAAGCCAGAAGUCAACGGGGAGCUAGAUACGCAGAACUUUAUGAAAUUUGAUGAAUUGGAUCCUCCAACCCCAGCAAGAACUGGCUCGGGCCCUUCACGGAAGAUGCUAUUAACUCCAAAAGAUCUAAGCUUUGUUGGCUAUACAUACAAGAAUUUUGAUGCUGUGAAAGGACUUCACCAAUCUUUUGGUGAUCCUAGGACAGAUUUUACUGCUAAUCGGACGGCCGAGGAGACAGAGGUGCAGAUGCUUGCAUCAUCAGGCGAUCCCAUGUUACCAUAAGCCUGCUGCUUCCCUACAUUAGCAUUUAUUGUAGAUUGGCUUCCAUGCAAUUUCCAUAACCACCAUCUAAGUGUACAGCAGUAUUUGAAGAGCUUCUUAAGACAUCAGUGGAGGCCAAAUGAAACUCUAGCUGAAAUGAUUUGUGUAUUAGAACUACUUAUCAAAAAAAAAAUGAUUUGUGUAUUAGAACUAAGAAUUUAGGACAGAGAGUUUAUGGAACUUAUGUCCUGGCUGCCCAGGUUGGCAGUGGUAUGCUUGCCUUCUCUCGUGGCAGUUUCUGGUCAAAUUUUAAUUGGUGCCAAAUUGCCAGGAAACUCAAUAGAUGUGUUGAAGAAAUUCUUUACUCUUACCAUGUGUAAGCUUUGACGGGUUAGCUAUUGAAAUAUAUAUUAUGGCCAAAGCAAAAAGCUAUUCAAAUAUA